GUCCAACAAUUAUUUGUAUGAUUUCGUAUUGUUUUCGCAGGACUGGCCAAAUGACCCGAUUGUCUGAGUCUUAGUUCUGUUUUAUACCAUAUGUUUUGUUUUUGUUUAAUCCAUAAGCCAUAAGACACGACUCUCAUGGGUAGCAGUAGUGGCAGAACCGCUGCCCAGACAUGCCAUAUAGUGUUCGGAGCCCUGUGUCGACUCCUGUCCACCAUUUUCGACACACUUUACGGCCACUACUCGACGCUCACCGACAGUACCGACGAUAGUCUGGCCUUCAAUCACAUCAUUCAAGACGUGAUCAGUUAUAUAGUAUCGGUCGGAAUGAUUGAUAAGCUGUCGCUAAUGAUGGCCAACACUCGGGGCCCCGUCGACGACAACCCGGAGCUGACCCAAUGCCUGCGUAGUGUUGUCUCCCUCUUCAGCUCACUCUCCAAACUGAUGGCACUUCGAGUGGAGCACAGGUUCGGCGCCCGUCUCGCCGACGACGACACACAACUGAUGCUCACGUUUCAGAUGACACACAUCGGCGGUGUUGUGUCC